UCAUCAAUUCAAAUAGUUGUAUUAUCAUGACCAUAAUGACAGACAGUAUUGCCAAAGCCUUGUACAGUUGUGACAUCAAUUAAUAUAAUACAUGAAUAUGAAAAUAACAACGCUACAGGCACAGAGAAGAUUGUAUUUUGAAAGCACUAAGCGGAUGUCGCUCAAACGGCUCAUCUCUGACGCUUCACGCGCAGUUUACGCACGGUUGGUACGUAGAGAACCGAGAGGAGGAAUCUGACCGAGCUGUGAGUCCCGCUGCUCUCUCUGCCUUUCUGGAUCUACAACCCACACACACAUACACACACACCCGGAUAACCGCAGAGAGAAGGGGAUAUUAUGGCGACGUUGGGCCCGGAGUCGGCGCGUCCUCCCCCGCUAGCUCAGCUCGUCUCGGGGAUCCAGGCUCCUCUCGGAAACCUGCCUCCCUCGCGGGGCUUGGAGCGCGCGCUGGAGGAGGCGGAGGCCAGCGGAUCUCUCAGCCUCAGUGCGAGGAAACUGAAGGAGUUUCCCCGCACAGCCAACAACCACGACCUCGCGGACACGGUGGAAGCAGACCUCUCGAAGAACAGACUGUCCGACGUCCCCUCAGAGGUCUGUCACCUGGUGGCUUUAGAGAGCCUCAGUCUCUACCACAACUGCAUCAGGACCAUCCCCGACUCCAUCAUCAGCCUGCAGUCCCUCACAUCACUCAACCUUAGUCGUAACCAGCUGUGCUCGCUGCCCUCCUGUCUGUGUAAUCUCCCUCUGAGGGUCUUGAACGCCUCCAACAACAAACUGGUGAAUCUGCCCGAGGCCAUCGGACAGCUGCACCACCUCAUGGAGCUGGACAUCAGCUGUAACGAGAUCACGGCUCUUCCUCGUCACAUCGGCAGACUCAAAGCUCUGAGAGAACUCAACGUGCGCAGGAACCUGCUCUGCGUCCUGCCGGAGGACCUGGCUGCUCUCCCACUGGUGAAGUUCGACUUCUCCUGUAACAAAGUGUCCACCAUCCCCGUCUGCUACAGGAAGAUGAAGCAGCUUCAGUCUCUACAGCUGGAGAACAACCCUCUGCAGAGCCCCCCUGCACAGAUCUGCAUUAAAGGUAAAGUGCACAUCUUUAAGUACCUGAGCAUGGAGGCGUGUCGCAGUGACAAGAUGCCGGACGCUCUCUACCUGCCCGUCAUCGAGAGACUCAGCCUCACACGGGCCGGCGCCGGCAGUGUGGAGGACAUGGAGCAGCAGAGGAAACAGGACAGCGACUCCGGAGUCGGCAGCGACAACGGAGACAAAAGACUGUCUGCUACUGAGCCGUCGGAUGAAGACAGUCUGAGUCUCAACGUCCCGAUGAGCCACAUCACAGAGGAGGAGGGGAUCUGUAAAGACGACUCCAGUGAACACAUCAGUUCCCUCACAGCAGACUCAGCCUGCAACUCGGUGCGUCUGAUCGAGGAGAGUCCUACGGAGGCCCUGAAAGACCAAAUCAACUACAGAGACUCGGCCCUCAGCACACGCUUCGUCAACUACAUCAAGGGUCGGACAGCAGCAGACUAUGACGAGCCUCUGAGGAUAGAGGAAGACUCACACUGGCCCACAGAUCAAAUGUCAAAGGUGACGGGGGGCAGCAUGGAGCUGGAUAUGAUCCACCAGCUGAAGGAGGCUGUGGAGCUGCUGCAGGAUCCCAGCCGAGCGAGCACGGAGCAUGACGAUGGGUCUGGAGUUCAGCUCUACCCAGUGGAGAUGGUCACUGUGGAGGAGUCUCUCAAUGGGCAGGACAGCGAUGACGGCGUCAGCACACCGAAGCGACAUGACAGACAUCCGGCCUGCGGACCCCCGUCUUUCUCCAGCCCUGUGUUCGGACUUAAGCCCCGCUCAGCCCCACCCUCGCUGCCCUGCUCGCCACCUACUUCCUGUCUCGCCCCCUUCCUCCUCUCGCAGGCCUCCCCCCUCCAUAAAGAUUCAGCGGGUCAGGAUGGAGGCGUCCACGGCCGCGUGUUCCUGAGGAGCCACAAGAGUCUGGAGUCGGUGGAUCCUCAGUUCACGAUCAGGAGGAAGAUGGAGCAGCUGAGGGAAGAGCUGGAGCUCACCGAGCAUCUGAGAGACAGCAUAGAGAGCCGUCUGAAGGUUGUUCUCCCUGAAGACCUGGGUUCCUCCCUGAUGGACGGCGUGGUUCUCUGCCAUCUGGCCAAUCACAUCCGCCCUCGCUCCGUGGGCAGCAUCCACGUCCCCUCCCCCGCCGUGCCCAAACUCAGCAUGGCCAAGUGUCGGAGAAAUGUGGAGAACUUUCUGGAGGCCUGCAGGAAGAUCGGGGUCCCACAGGACAAGCUGUGUCUCCCCCAUCACAUCCUGGAGGAGAAGGGCAUGGUGAAGCUCGGGGUGAUGGUGCAUGCACUGCUGGAGGACACGUCCUGCAGACACCUGACGUGAAACACACACACACACACACACACACACACACACUCACACACACUCACAGGAUGCACAGAUGUUAAGGGAACUAAAUCAGUCAGAAGAUGCAUUUACUGAAUCCUGAGAGGGAACGUCUGACACGUAACGCCGCACAGAUCCAAGUUACUCUCACCUUUAAUGAUGUGUUUCCAUUUCUUCAGAUAAACACGAGAGACCGAACGAUUCACUAAAGGCAAUCUCUUUCUUUUUUACCCAGCAGGAGGGAUUCUUAGGGCCACUUUGAGGAGAGAAUAAAUGCUAUAAAAAAUACGUUUUACUUUUCUUUUCAGUGGAAAAUGUCUAAUAUUAUGAGAAUAAAAAAGUGUUUUUGGGGAGUUAAAGGAAAGAAUACUAAAGUUAAAGUCAUACUUUUACAAGAAACUUUACAGCUUUAUUUAUUUGAAGAAUAUUUUGUGCAUUUCUUUGCAUUAAAUUCAUAUUUAUAGGAUCAACUUUUUUCUUUAUAUUUUGACUUUAUCGUCAAAUUAUUUCAUAUUUCUAUAAAAAUGAGAUAUUAUGAUUAAGCUGAAUUGUAACUAAGUUGAAAAAGGUGUAUUUAUUAUGAUAAAUUAGCUGUUUUUCAUUUGGCUUUAUUUAUUUGAUAAGUGUAAAAAAUGAGGCUGUGUUUAUUCUUGUAAAAUUAUGACUUUUUCUCAUUAAAUGUGAAUUAGAUUUGGGGGAGCUUCAACAACGUAUUAUUAAUAUUAUGCAAACUCUUAAAUAAUUACACCAGUUCUAUAUUAACAGACUAUUUGUGUUUCUGUAAAACCAAUCUGUUCUAGUCUUAACGAGGAUCUCUUAAUCUUGAUUUAAUCAUGAAGAUAUUUAUAAUACAAAGAAGAGAAAGUGUUCGAGUUCAAACACCAAUAUGCCAAAAAUAUUUUCUCUAAUAUAUUUUAGGUAUUUCUGUUUUCUAAAGUGUGACUGACUUCCUGUGGAGCUCCAUGCAUCAGACCAAGUCAUUUUUAUUUAAUUAAACCCUCUCUCACGUCUCCUCAUUUUUAGUGAAAUUAUUUCUGCAGUUUUUGUCUGUAUGAGAUUCAGUUUGCUAACGUGCCAAAUGUCACAACCAGAAGCUCCUCAGUUCCGACUCUGCAGGAUCAAACCCAGAUUUAUGGGUAAAUAUUAACCAUCCUUCAUAAUGACACACUUAAAAAUCACAGCUGUGUUUGAGGCUUUAUUAUUCAGGAAGAGGAGGCUUCAGGAGUAAAAUGAACACCACAAUGAGUCUUAAAUAACCAGACUAGGGGAGAAAAUAUAGUCUUUGAAUCCUGUUGCUAGGCACAUCAUGUUCUACUACGCUGCUUGGUUUUAAAGGGGCAGUACGUAAUUGUUGGGUUUUAUCAUCCUCUGCUGACAGUCCCUGAUUUAUUUCCUGAGGAUGCUUUUAUUUUGAAAUCUCUAUAGGGCUGCAUUCACUGAUUUUGACCAGUAGGGGACAGUACAAUAAGAAGUCUUAUGAGGGCUAUGUUAUUUUAUUGUAACAUUUAAAUGAACGGAUCCAAAGCAGGGUAAGCGGAGUAAUGAUCCCAGGAAAAGAGAUGUUAGUCACACAUUUCCAAAGAAAAAUAUCUAUAUAAAUGUGUACAUUUAUGAGGAGAAUAUAUAAAUAUAUACAUAUAUAUAUAUUCUCUGAGAUUACAUUUUUGAAUAUACAAUAAAAUAAGUACAAUUCUCUCUCGUUAUCUGAAGUUUGAAAUUACAAAUAAUAUAAAAAUAUUCUCUGAAAUCAAAUUUGUAAAUUAUGGGAAAAACUAAAUAUUAUCUGUAAUUAUUCGGUCAUAAAUUCAUGAAAAUACAGGAAAAAAACUCUGAUAUUCUCAGAUAUUAACAUUAUAAAUCCAUGAGAAAAAACAACAUUUAUAUUGCCUCAAAUCACUUUUUUAAUAAACAAAAAAUAAAUACAAUUCCCUCAAAUUUUUUGAAGUGAAAAUAAAUUGAGAUGGAAAAAUAGAAUUUCUUCGAACAUUUAAAUAAUAUUUUAAAGUCAUGAAUUCGCAAGAAAAGACGUCAGGAAAAAUACAGUUUUAACAAGAAUACUAAUAACUCAUGGCUUUUAUUCAAGGGCUAACCGUGACAUAUGACAUACAUCAAUACUGUGGACAAAACCCACCAGCCUUUAGAAAUAUAAUCCAUAAACUGUGAAUGAUGGAUUAAAUGAGGAGGCUUUAAAUCAUCACACAUUUACGUACCGCCCCUUUAAAAAUACUCUAUAUCUGGGAUCAUGUUUGAUUUAAAUGCCAUAAAACCCUUGUAUUUCCACCUCUGAACCUGCCGGAUUUUAAGAACGAGUGAAUUUUAUUUUCUAUAAAUACGAUGCAGCUUGGUAUCCAAAGCUUUAUCUCCUUUAAGAUUCAGCUGUAAAUUAAAUCAAAGGAUAAAUAAACUGGAGGAUUUAACGGUUGCCAAAACAAACAUUUGACUCUCUUUAUUUAAAUGUAAAUAUAAUAAAGGACUUCCUGUCAGAGUAUGUACUGUAUAUUUCACCAGAAAACACCUGAAUUAUCCACAAUAUCACGUAUAUUGAUAACAGUAAAUUAUGCAUUCUGACACUAUGGGUAAUAACACACGUACUGUUUCAUAUUUAUCAGAUAUAAGACAAUUAGUCAACUGUGUAAAAUAGGAGGAUAAAUAACACGCUUUUUAAAAAUAUUUCUUACAUUUCUCAUUUUAAAAUAUUUUUUUGAGUCAAUUUUAUUUCCUGCUGAAAUCAACUCUAGGAUUUUAAUUAUUAUAAUUUAUUACUGAAAUUAUGAGCUUUUCUUACACUGGUUAAAUAAUGUGUAUUUGGCCAAAUUUGAAAGGAGAAAAAUGCUAUUAAGAAAAAAUCAUUUCUUGUGGAUAAAAUAUGUAAAGCUUUAUUUGGAGUUGAAAAAAUAGUUGUAAUUGUAAAGAAUCAUUUACAUUUAGUUUUGGUUUUAUUAUUAAUUUAAGUCUUUUUCUUUUUUUUAUAAAAUGUUUGCGUAUUUUAUUUUGAAAAACAGCAUCUUUAUUCUCACAAAUUACAAAAUGAAAUAUGUUCUUUAAAAAUUACAACUUUCUUUGGGACUGAAAAACAAACAUUGUUGUAUUAGUACACAGUCAAAACACAAAGAAAUCUGGAAUACAAUGUCAUUGAAAAUGCUGAUUUUGGCUCCAUAUUUUUGGGCACAGCAUCACAGUUUUUUGGGAGACAGAAUCUGCACUUUAUUCAACUUUAUUUAUAUCUUUGUUUUGGCAACUGAUGAAAUCUGAGAUGAGUUUUGAAAUGUGACGCUGGUGUGAAUUAGCCUGCUGAGUUGCAGCUUCUCUUGUUUGUAUAUAAAUCUUUCCUGUUUCACGGUUUUGUACUUUUCUGAUGGGAGAUUUAUUUUUAUGUGUACCUUUUGUACCUCUGUGUGGACCGGGCUGUGAACAGAACCUGCAUGACGCCCCUGUACCUGCUGCUGCUGUGAAUAAUGUAAAUAAAGCCGCUCACGCUGCCAGUCGACACGCCACGGAAACACGAGUCGCUUCUUUGUGGACAAAUAUUCAUUAAAUAAAUAAUUACACUCAAA